UAUAAAGCCAUUGCAAAUUCUAAGAAUUUACGUUCAAAACUGAAUUGUCUAUCGUUGAGAAGUAAACUGUAACCCUGGUUAAAAAAUGUAAUCUGUAGACAUUUCUAAGAACUAUUUCGUGAUUUUCCCAUUAUAUUUACAAAUAAAAUGGCAAAACAAGACAAUAAUAAAAUAAAGUAGGCAUGUCAAUGAAUAAAACUCCUAUACGUUUGAGUAAUGUCGUCACAGGACAAAUAUCAACAGAUAUUCUUUAUCAACAGAGUAGUGAAAAAGUAGGUUGUAAAGAAAAUGUUUGUAAAGGAUCUUUUAUGAGAACGGCUAGCACGUCAAAAGUUAGAACUAAAGAGGAAAUAGCCGAACACGCUAAACAGUUUCUCGAGGUUUAUUUUUCCAGUACCAAAAGGUGUAAUAGUGAAGUUCAUCAGAAAAGAUUGAAAGAAGUGUUAGAAGAAAUAUCUCAAACUGGAACAUAUGAAUUGAAAGAGACCGAGUUAAUAUAUGGUGCUAAAUUAGCUUGGAGAAAUGCCCCGAGAUGUAUCGGAAGGAUUCAAUGGUCAAAAUUACAAUUAUUUGAUGCUCGUUAUGCAAUGUCUGCAGAAGAUAUGUUCGCAGCAGUUUGCAAUCAUCUUAAAUAUUCCACUAACAAGGGGAACAUUAGAUCAACAAUCACAGUGUUUCCUCCAAGAAAAGAAGGAAAAGCAGAUUUCCGCAUAUGGAAUAAUCAGAUUUUGUCAUACGCAGGUUAUGUUCAAUCGGAUGGAAGUGUUAUUGGUGAUCCGGCUAACAUCGAAAUUACAAAGAUUUGUGAAGAUUUGGGCUGGAAAGGAGAAGGUGGGAAAUGGGAUGUUCUGCCUCUUUUAGUUUCAGCUAAUGGUGAAGAUCCUGUUUAUUUUAAAAUACCCGAAGAAUUAAUAUUAAGAGUGCCCAUUACACAUCCUAAGUAAGUCGAUUAAUCGGAAAUAUUUAAAUUAUUUAUUAAUCUGCAUUCGUGUAAUGUUUGGUUAAAAGAUAGAGAUCGAAUUAAAAAUCCAAGAACAUGUUAUUAUAUACAAGAAAUCUAUAGAAAUCUUAAAAUUAUAUAUUUUCGUAAUUUUUAAAAUUUAUUUCCGAUUUAUUUCCGAAAAUGCUUUCUUUCGAAAUUAUAGCAAUUUUAAAAUUAGCUGUAAUCAAAUUAAUAGCAAACUAUGAUUUUGACAUGUUUCUAAAUGUUCUUUAAUACGGUGAAUCGUUACUGUAAUUCAGAGAUGGCGGAGGUUCAUUUUAUGUAUGGCCGAACUAACGGCAAUAUACAAUGUAGCACAACAACUGUACAGAGAACUUUUCUAACUACUGUAACUUAGGUCUGAAAAUGUUUUCUUUCCAUGUUUAUAUGAAAUUUUUUCAUUUUUAUGAUCCUUAUAACACAGUGUUAAAAGUUGACGAGACCUUUCAAAACAUCGUGUAUUUACAGUAUUCAUCCGAGUCGAUCUGUAAUAUUGAAAA